AUGGAUCAACAAAACCAAUCCGGGGUCCCUGGCCCCGCUGGUCGCAAGCUCCAUAUCGCCCAUCGGAGAAGUCCAUCUGAGCUGACCCCUCUGAUGAUGGAACAACUUGCCAUUCAGCAACAGAUCGAGCUGCUUCAGCAGCAGCAACAGCAAAUCGCUGCUACACACCAACAGUACGUGAACAUGGGCCUGCUCCAACCUCAACAAUUGGGCCAGGUCAACGCAUUCUCUCCCGGUGGUUCCAUGGGUGGUGUCUCGCCUCAGGUCAACGCCUUCCAAUUUCCUCAGCAGCAGAACCCGCAGCAAGGGCAGCAGCAGCUUGGAGUCCCCAUGAACGCACCAAACCAACACUCCCACCGUCGCAACCAAUCUGCCCUACCCGGCCUCGCAAUGGGCCCACCCCCUGCUCCGUCGUCGGGUGCUUCUGGAUACGCCGAUUAUAACCAGCAAGGCCAAAAUAAUCAGAAGAACGAGAACGCCAACCACGGUCGCGGUCGCGGAGGCCCGCCAGGUGGUGGUCACCAGCGUCGCCACUCUCUGGCACUACCUGAAGCGAAAAAGGCUGCUGAGCUUGCGCAACAGAAGAGAACGGCUUCGGGCUUCCAGUUCCCGGCUCCUGCCCCAGGUGCCAGUGGAUCGGAGAACCAGUCGGGAUCUGAUGACAAGCCUCAGCCCAGCACAUCUCCUGCGCCUCAGGGACUUGGUCUCCAACGGGCCGGUAACAUCCGUUCCGGUGGCGGCCAUGGCCGAAGCCAAUCGAUGGCCAUUGGCGGUAGUCGAGGAUCUAUCUCUGGCCGUGGUGCCGGUGGCUUCCAGUUCCCUGCGACCAGCGAUGCUGGUCAACCGGACAAUCAACGCCGAGGCAGUCAGCCUGGCCAUGCCCGCACAGGAUCCCGGAACUUUGACGGCAACUGGCGUCAGCCCAAUAACCAGAACCAGAACCAGGAUCAACAAAAACCAUUCAACCAGCAGCAAGGUAGCGGAUUCCAACCUGGACACCGUUCGCGGCCUUCUAUGAACCAGUCGAUGGGCGCCAUUGGCCAAUUCCAGUACCCUGGUCAACCUCAAUUGAUCCAGUUGCCCCAGGGACAGGUCAUGAUGGCGCCGCCUCAGAUGUUUGGCGGCCAACAGCUGAACCCCCUUCAGCUUGCUCAACUGCAAGCGCUCCAGCAGCAGCAGAAUGGCCAAGGCAUGGGUGGCCUUGGUGCGAGCCAACACGCUCCGCCGCAGCUGUCUGUUCAGCAGCAGCAGCAGCAGCAGCAGCAACGCAAGACUCUUUUCACCCCUUACUUGCCCCAGGCCAACCUGCCUGCCCUUAUCAGCAAUGGUCAAUUGGUGGCUGGUGUUCUCCGUGUUAACAAGAAGAACCGCUCUGAUGCCUAUGUGACCUCCACCGAUCUUGAUGCAGAUAUCUUCAUCUGUGGUAGCAAGGACCGGAACCGUGCUCUGGAGGGUGACUUCGUUGCCAUCGAGCUCCUGGACGUUGACGAGGUUUGGACCCAGAAGAAGGAGAAGGAGGAAAAGAAGAAGCGCAAGGAUAUCACCGAUGCCCGUUCUGGCAGCAACGCUGGCAAUGACAAGUUGGGUCGGUCUGACUCCAACGGCGACAGACAAGAGAUUGGUCCGGACGGAAGCAUCCGUCGCCGUGGCAGUCUUCGCCAGCGACCCACGCAAAAGAAGAACGAUGACGUCGAAGUUGAAGGCCAGAGCCUACUGCUGGUUGAGGAGGAUGAGAUUAGCGAUGAGCAGAAGCCCCUCUACGCUGGACACGUGGUUGCAGUCAUUGAACGCAUUGCUGGUCAGAUGUUCUCUGGAACUCUGGGUCUUCUUCGCCCUAGUAGCCAGGCAACAAAGGAGAAGCAGGAGGCUGAGCGCCAGGCCAGAGAUGGUGCCCAUGGACGUCACCAAGACCGUCACCAGGACAAGCCUAAGAUUGUUUGGUUUAAGCCCACGGAUAAGCGUGUUCCUUUGAUCGCUAUUCCAACUGAGCAGGCCCCGCGAGACUUCGUUGAGAAACACCAAGAUUAUGCCAACCGUAUCUUCGUUGCAUCCAUCAAGCGAUGGCCCAUCACCUCUCUACACCCCUUCGGUACCUUGGUUGAACAGCUCGGUGAGAUGGGUGACUUGCGGGUUGAGACAGAUGCUUUGCUUCGUGACAACAACUUUGGAUCUGAUGAGUUCUCUGACGCUGUCACCAAGAGCAUCGGCUACGAGGAUUGGUCCGUUGCUAAUGAGGGUGAUGCCCUGGCCUCGCGCCGCGACUUCCGUGAAGAGACCAUCUUCACGAUUGACCCGGAGAACACCAAGGCAUUGGAAGAUGCUUUCCAUGUCAAGACGCUGACCGAUGGAAAGAUCGAGAUUGGUGUGCACGUGGCUGACAUCGCUCACUUCGUCAAGGGCAACUCCCUCGUUGAUCGCGAGGCCAAGAAACGCGGUACUGCAGUGUACCUGGUCGAUCGAGUCAUGAACAUGCUGCCUUCUCGAGUCUCUAACGAGCUUUGCUCCCUUGUUCCCGGCGAGGACCGCCUGACUGUCAGCGUUGUGUUCAAGGCAAGCCUUGAGACUGGAGCCAUUGACGAUGACGUUUGGAUCGGAAAGGGUGUCGUCAAGAGCGCCGGCCGUCUCAGCUAUGAAGAGGUUAACGCAGUGAUUAACGGCAAGUCUGAUAAGACCACUGCUGGCAUCACCUCGGACAACAUCCAACUGAUGAACACCAUUGCACACAAGUUCCGUGACGCUAGAUUCGGUAACCGGGCGACCAAUGUUCCUCCUCUGCGUAUCCUGCAGCAGCUUGAUGACGAGAAUGUGCCCGUGGAGUACAACAUUUUCGACUCUACUCCAGCUCACGAGCUCGUGGAAGAGCUGAGCCGCCAGGCUAACUUCUUCGUUGCCCGUAAAAUCUCCAGUGCUAUGCCUGAGAAGGCAUUCCUGCGUCGCCAGCCUUCCCCCAACCCUCGUCGCCUGACGCUGUUUGUGGAAAGAAUGAACCGUCUUGGUUUCGGUAUAGAUGCUUCUAGCAGUGGUACUUUGCAGAGCACACUCUGCAAGGUGGAAGACGUUGACCUCCGCAAGGGAAUGGAAACUUUGCUUGCGAAGGCCAUGCAGCGCGCGAAGUACUUUGUUGGGUCCAGUGUGGCUGAUGAGCAGCGUCUUCACUACACUUUCAACGUGCCCGUUUACACUCACUUCACCAACCCAUCGCGGCGCUACACCGAUAUCAUCGUGCACCGUCAGCUUGAAUCGAUCCUCUCGGACGGUGCUAUCGAAUUCACUGAUGAUAUUGAAUCCUUGACCAAGACUGCCGAUCUUGCCAACAACAAGAAGGAUUCGGCUCACAAUGCGCAGGAACAGAGUGUUCACAUCGAAGCCUGCCGCAACAUGGAUCGCAAGGUGCACGAGAUUGGCGGCGAUCUCAUCAGUGAGGGCAUUGUGCUUUGUGUCUACGAGUCUGCCUUCGAUGUCCUCAUUCCCGAAUACGGCUUCGAGAAGCGUGUUCACUGUGACCAGUUGCCUCUCAAGAAGGCUGAGUACCGCAAAGAUAGCCGCGUGCUUGAGCUCUACUGGGAAAAGGGUGUUCCUUCUUCCGCCUACGUCCCCGAAGAUGAGCGUCCCAAGCCUGGCAACUCUCGUGCUGCCCAGGCGGCCGCUGCUGCCCGUGAGGCUGAGGCUGCCAGAGAGCGUGCUCGUGAGCGUGACGAGGCGAUGCGGAAGCAAACAGAGACCGGUACUAUGUCAGCGGAUGACGUCGAUGCGCUCUUCGACGAUGACGAUGAUGUGGACGAGGUGACUGAAUUAGCUGCAGGCGUGUCUCUGAACUCGGCUGACCGGUCGACUCAGAGCAUGCCCCCUUCGCCGACUCGCAACGGUCACCUCCCGCAGGCCCCCCACCGUACUCGCUCCGACCCGAAGAUUGCUUCGAGCACCAGCGAUGCACCAGAGAGCAAGAUGACCAACAAGGAGAAGUAUUUGAAGCUUUUCAAGCUGAGAGAGGAAGACGGCGACUUCAUCCAGGAUGUCACCGAGAUGUCCCGUGUUCCCAUCAUUCUCAAGACCGACCUGAGCAAGAGCCCACCAUGUCUCACCGUUCGGUCCGUGAACCCUUACGCUCUGUAA